UAGGUUGAUACACGGGCAUAAUCCAUCAAUUUUAACCUUCCGACGAAAGUAUCUGCUCUUCACCAGUCUGCAACCAGUUAUUUAAGUAGAAAGAAAAAGUCUUCGUUUUCCAAGCAGAAUAUAAAGAGAACAAAAAUGGAGAAAGGUAAAGGAAUUAUGGUAGGAGGACGCAGAUGGGCUGUUGAAUUCACUGAUAAUUCUACUGCUCCUUCUACUCGAGAUUUCCCUGAUCCUCCUGGCUUUACUCGCGCUUCUCAAGAUCAGGAGGAUUCUUCUGUCACUCGUCAAAAGAAGGAUGCUGAAGCUAAUUGGAAAUCUCAGAAAGCUUGGGAAGUUGCACAAGCUCCUUUGAAAAAUUUGAUGAUGAUGGGAUUCAUGAUGUGGAUGGCUGGAAGCACUGUACAUUUGUUCAGCAUUGGUAUAAUUUUUUCGGCUCUUUGGCAGCCCAUUAGUGCCCUUCGAGAUGUUGGAAAAGUUUUUGAGCCUUAUAAGGACAACAAAGUUGAGCUUCUAGGUCCAAAGUUGGUUUUCAUCGCUCUUAACUUGGUGGGACUUGGCCUUGGUGUUUGGAAGCUAAACACAUUGGGUCUACUCCCAACACAUGUGUCAGAUUGGGUGUCCUCCUUACCUCCCGCUCAGGUUCAACAUUACCUCAUUUUAUGUCUUUUUAAAAUUUUUUGUUAUGUAACUUCCUCUCUGGAUUUGCUGAUGAAUUACAAUGGUCCGAGUUCUUAAAAAAUGAUUUCUGAUGAAUGUCAAUACUCUUAGUUCUUAAUUGUUGGGUGCUUGCUAUUUAUAUGUUGUCCUUGUUACUGGCAGUGCAACCAGAUAAGUGAAUAAGGCUUACUUAGUUCUUAGGGGCUCAUGUGGUACAUUUUAUAAAUGGAACUAUGGAAGUAAAGAGAAUGAUUUCUUGUUUAAGUUUGCAUAAAAAGUACAUGUUAAUACCAUGGUAAUGGAAUUCCAGACUCGUGUAUUUUUUCUUCACAAAUUUUCUCUACCAUCCAAUACCACUCCCUUAAGAGGUAAGGGAAUGAAUUGAAAUGACUUUCAAUUGACAAAAAAAAAAGUUUGUUUGGGGUUGAACAAACAUCACUAUGAACCUUGACAUGAGGCUAAAAUUACACUAAACCAGUAAAAUUUCAUUUUCAUUGCUUAAAUUUAUGACUAGGGUACUAAACAGGUAAGAGUAGUAUUGCUUUAUUUUUGCAAUGACUUGUAAACUUGAGUCUUGAAGUGUUAUGCUUUUUUUUUUUUCGUAUAUUACCCGCAUAUACAUGGUGAUUUUGAUCUGUAUUCUGUAGUGAAUUACCUUACUUCUCUAUAACUAAAUAGUAUGUAGGGGCAGCUUGAGUGCUUUUGGUACAAGAUGCACUUCAGUUUCCAUGUGGCACCUUUUAGGUGAUACAUUUGGAGAUGGGAAAAUUCUAGUCUAUGCAUUGCUUGUGAAGAGGGAGGGCAAAACAUGAUGUGGCUGGUUCUUGAAUGCAGGAUUGGAGUUUUGAAUAGUAAAGAUAAAAGUCAACAUAAGUGUAAUGGCCAAAGAUUGAAGGAAAAUGUUUUAUUACUGGGAACAAGAUAAGUAGAAGUUUUCUUAAGGCUUUUAGACUUUCAAACAAUGAAUAGACAACACUCAACAGACCCCUUACAAAGCUGCACCACUAAUAUAUACAUAGAGAGGAUCCACAAAAACAGAAACCAAAACUAAUCUAAAACCACAAUCCAUAAGACCAAACUGCUCUUAAUGACACCACUUCCUUAUUGCUCAUGUGAGUCAUAUUAUUACCAGCAGGCCAAACAACCACCUUGUCUUCAAGGUGGGUAGAAUGUAGCUUAGGCUACAACAACGAAUAGAAGUAAAACUUGCUGAAAUUGUGCAAGAAUCGCUUGCUUGUAUGAUGUCGUGUGGUGCCUUAUCUUCUUGCUCAUAAUUUUACCCAACUCUAUAAAUCUCUUGCUGUGAAAAAUUGUUCAAUGAAACUGAAAUCUGAAUACAACAUUGUAAUUCAGAGUAGAAUGAAGUAUCAUGAAAAAUAAAGGCCCAACCAAAAUUUAAAGGGUUAGUAGCCAUAGCAAGGCUUGUCCAUAGAAAGAAAAGUGAAUGAAUGGGCUAGGUUUAUGAAUUGGGUGAGAGAAAACAAUCAAAAUUCUUAACAAGUGGCUUACAAUAUUGGCAAUGAGGUAAAUUUAAUCCAAUUACCGCCGUAACCCUGAGUUUAUGUUCUGGAGCUUUCUUAAACGAAUUGCCAUGUGUUAUAGUCCUUAUAUCCUCUUCACCAUCUGAAAACCCAUCCCCUUCAUCUUUCCCAACUAUUGUGCCCACCCUUUUCAGAACCUCAUGACCUCUUCUCUUGCUGCUGCCGUCAUCAAUACUGCUACCACCAUCAAGAGUCUUCAUCAUAUCCUUUCUUCCUCUUACAAUCACAAGACAACAUUCUAGCCUUUUCCCAUUCUCUUCGUUGUGGAGCUCGUGUAAUUCUAGAAUUUUCUAUAGUUGUUAAUUGUUCAACAUCUUCAACCAAAACUACGGUCUUACUCCAUUUCCUGACCAGUGAAGGUGUCAUGGAUGGAUCCUAUGACAUUUUCAUAAGCUCUCCAAUUGCUUUCUUCUACUCUAGCGGUGCUUCAUCGCCAUCAAUAUCCUUUUCUUGCCGGUGAGUUUUUAAGGUCCACCACAGUCCACCGUUAAUAAGGAAGUUGCCUUGUUCCUUUCUCCAUUUCUCAUUGAUUUACCCUAGCUGCAGCACCAUUCCUCAGCCUUACAUACAUCUGAGACCGCCCUGCACUAUGUAUGGGCGGACUUUUUUUCUUCCCAUUUUUUGCUUCCUUCUCUAGUUCUCUUUUUUCUUUAGUAACCCAAAACUCUAUCUCGUCAAAAUUUUCUGGACAAAAUUCGUCCAUUUCCAUUGAAAAUCUUUCAAUAUUUCACCUAAAAAUAGGGUUUUCUGAAAGAUCUUUUAUCUUUUUUUCUUCAAAAAUUUCAAGAAUGUUGUCAUACACCUUCAUAUUUGCUGCCAGAUCCAUGCUAAUUUCCACACGCACCACCUCCUGUGAAAUUUCCUCUUUAAUUGCUUGCACAUAUUCUUAAUGAGAUGUGCAAACUCAAUUUUGCCACAGAAAUCUUCAUCAGUCUUUUUCGAAAGUUGUUGCUCUCCAUUCUUCCCUUCAUUGUUCUCCAUGCCUCCUCCACUUCCAUUUUCUCACUUCUUCACUACCACAGUACCCCCGUCUUUGUUUCGACCUUCCUCCCACCAAUUUUGCCCAAACUUGUGUUAUCCUCCCUUGGUCUUCUUUAAUUUCUUGCACCAGCUCUCCUUUUCCAUCCGCCUCUCAUUCUUCAAGUAGAUGUGACAUAAACUCCUUGAAUUCCUCCUGCAAUUUCAAGUGUACAGAUCUGAAUAGUAAAGAUAAAAGAUGAUACGCUUGUAAUGGCAAGAGACAAAAGGAAAAUGAUUCAUUACUGUGAACAAGAUAAGUAAAAGUCUUCAAGUGAUUCCUAUACUCCUAAACAGUGAAUAUUUUCUUAAAUCUCUAGACAAGACUCAACAGACCCCUACACCACUAUAUAUAUACACAGAAAGAAUUCCACCAAAAUAGAAUCCAAAACAAAUCUAAAACCAAAAACCAAAAGACCAAACUGCCCUUACCGACGCUACUUUCUUGUCGGUCACGUGAGUCAUAUCACAACACUUCAAGUUGAGACUUAAGUGAGGAGCAUUAAUGAGAGUAACCCGAAAUUCUUACAUGCUCACACAUAUUCCUUUAAAGGCAUCAUAAUCCGCAACAUAUGCCACAUUUUGAAGGUUGUAUGCUGCUUAUAGGUCUCAAAAGUUGAAAGAUUUUCUAGUUUUCACCUCAGUUUUUUUACCUAUCCCCUGAAUAUGUUGGGAAUCAUUAAUUGACUUGCCCCCUUCCUCCCAACUCCCUCUUCUUGCCCAAGCAUUUGCUAAUACGAGUGUAUACGACAUACUUGCUUUGCAUAAAACAUGAUAAUUGAUAGUAUAAGCCUCUUUUCUUGCACCUUUAUUGAUCUACCUAUAUGACACCCUAUGACCUGAUUCUAUCAUAUCUGUUGACAAACUCUCCUUAUGUUAUAAUGUUCCUCUUUCAGUGAUGUCUGAUAUUCUCAUUUCGCAGAUGCAUCCCUCCUCGCCUCACCCAACACAAUUAAAAAAAAGAAA